AUGGGUCGAGGGAUUAGUGGUUUAUCGGGGGCGUCGACGGUGUAUGCGCUAUCGUCAGCACCAGGGAAGGCUGGUGUGGCGGUUGUUCGCAUUUCUGGCCCCGAAGCCCUUGCGGCAGCGGGGCAGCUUCUGGGAAAGCGGGCGUUGCCCAUCCCCCGGCAAGCGACUGUGGCUCGCUUGAGUGAUCCUUUGACUGAUGACCUGCUGGAUCAGGCCCUGGUCCUCACUUUUCCUGGGCCACGCAGCUUUACCGGCGAGGAUGUGGUUGAGCUGCAUCUACACGGCAGUCGUGCUGUCGUUGCAGGCGUGCUUGAUGCCCUGGGGCGUCUCCAAGGGCUUGCGCCUGCCCCACCUGGUGAAUUUACCAAGCGUGCCUUUGCGCACGGCAAGCUCGGCCUGACCCAAGUCGAAGGCUUGGCUGAUCUCAUCUCAGCUGAGACCACAUCGCAGCGCCAGCAAGCGCUCCGGCACUUGGAGGGUGAUGCACAGAAGUUGUUGCUGGGCUGGCGCCAAGAGCUUUUGCAUGCACUGGCUCUCCUGGAGGCCUACAUUGAUUUUAGUGAGGAUGAGAACAUCGAAGAGGACGCCUUUUCCUCGGCCUCGGAAAAGGUUGGACACAUGGUGGAAGAAAUGCGCCGCCAUGUUGCAGACAGUCGGGCAGGACAACGAGUGCGAGAUGGCGUGCGCAUUGUGCUCUCUGGGUUGCCCAAUGUGGGCAAGUCCUCGCUAUUAAAUUAUUUUUGUCGCCAGGAGCGCGCCAUUGUCACGGAUAUUCCGGGUACAACGCGCGACCUUUUGACCGUUGACCUCGAGCUUCGCGGUUUUCCGGUCAUCUUUGUGGAUACGGCUGGCAUUCGAUUUGGCGAUCAAGUGGAUCGCGUUGAGCAAGAGGGGGUGCGUCGAGCUCAGGAGGCAGCAGCCAACGCUGACGUUCGCAUCUGCCUUCAAGAUGCUACCAACCCCGAAAGCUUGUGCUGCUCUACACUGAAGCAGGGCGGAGUUCCCUGUGCUUGCCUCCAUGGGUCGGCAAUAAACGCCGAUCAGUCUACACCCCCACAUCUGCUUCGCGUGGUCAACAAGUGCGACGCAAAGCCUCUAUCAAUGGAGCUCAGUGAGGGCGUGUUGAGCGUCUCUUGCUUGGAACGAAAAAACCUGGACCAGCUCACCACUGUGCUCGGUGAUACCGUCGAGACCCUAUGUCAUACCGCUUCUGGCGAAGUGCCAACGGUCGUGCGCCACCGGCAUCAGCAGCAUCUGACGGCUGCUUUGGAGGCCUUGGAACAGGCUUUGGUAAGUUCAGCGCUGAGCGCCGACUGCGUCCUCAUGGCCGAAGAGAUGCGAUAUGCCCUCUCUGAGCUGGGGCACCUGACUGGUCAUGUUAAACUGGACGAAAUGCUUGACAUUGUUUUUUCUGAAUUUUGUAUUGGCAAGUAA